GUUAUCAAAGCCGGACAACAAGCUCUAGCUUCGCAUGGGGCUGGUCUAUCAUCUGUUCGAUUCAUUUGUGGAACACAAGACUUGCACAAACAGUUGGAGCAAAAAAUUGCCAAAUUCCACGGUAUGGAGGAUGCUAUCUUAUACGCCGCCUGCUUUGAUGCAAAUGGUGGCAUUUUCGAGCAGCUGGCCAGUCCCGACGACGUUGUCAUUUCUGAUGAGUUGAACCACGCCUCAAUUAUCGAUGGAAUUAGAUUAUGCAAAGCAAAGAAGUUCCGUUACAAGCACAUGGACGUCAGCGACUUAGAACAAAAGUUGAAAGAGAACCAAGGUAAGAAUGACUUAGAAGAGAAAAAUUGA